AUCUUCCUUGGGCUGUUAUUGUUGAUGAAAGAAGGCAUUGCUGAUAUAUUUUAUAGGUUCCUAAAGUCAUCAAUAUGAAAAAGUGCUUUGUUCCUUCUUGCGCCAACACGUGCUUGAAUUCUAACAAAAUAUUCAUCAGUGUACCAAAAUCAGAGAGUGUGAGAAAGAGUUGGUGCGCAGCAGUAAACCGUGUGAAUAUCCCUUCAUCAAGAUCCACCAUAUACUGCUGUGAAGAUCACUUCAAAAUGAAUGAGGAUUUUGAAAAUUGGAUGGAAUACCGCAUGAUGAAUGUGAAACUACGCAUGAAAAAAAAUUGUAUGCCGCAUCUCAACUCGAUCGUACUCGAAAAUGCUCAUAAUGUGUCUCAGCUAUCUCCUGCUUCCAAGAAACGAAAAACAGAUAAAAUGAAUCUAUCUUAUGAGGACAGGUUAUGCAGAAAUAGAAAUUUCUUAAUAGUCCUGUUUCAUACGCAGUAGGAGAAUUGCCGAAAAGAGAAA